AAAUCAGAGAUUGUGAAAAGUGGAUAGGGACUGGCGUGUUCUUAUGGAAUACGAUUCCUUUACAUAAAUACAAGCUCUGAAGAAUCGCAUGCUGAUAGAUUGACUGAUUCCACUGCCACUGCUGCUUCUUCCACCAUUAGCUUAAAUUAUCGUUUCUCACACUAGAAAUUCAUGCAAAAUCCAAACCCGAUAAAUAAUUUAAAAAGAAAGAUGAAAAGUAAGCAGGCUGCAGUUGAAGAUUGUUCUUUCUUCUAUAGUGGUCUGCUUUUGACUGCAUUCAGUCUUGUUUUAAUUUCAAAAAGCGAUUCAGGAGAGACAGCUUUGUUUUCUUGCCUCUCUCUCUCUCUCUCUGCAUUCAUUGAGCGAAAGUAAGCUGACCCACUCUCUCUGCAUUCAUUCAGGGAAAAGAACAAGCUGACCCACCUCAUCUUUUUGAUUCUUUCAAUUUUGUGAUUUGAAGGGUCCAAGUGGGUGUCUGAAAUAACUAGUUUUGGUGGGUGCUUUAAUUCUGGUUCAAGCACCAGAACCAGAAUUCUGUUCCUGCCUUUUUCUCUUUGAUAUAUAUCCAUCCAAAGAGCAAACAGAGUGCUGAAAGGUUGGAUUUUUGUGAUUGAGUGGGAGUCUAAUCAGGAGAAAAAGAAAGAACCAUGCAGUUCGACUUUGGAGUGGUGUUGAUGUGCUCGGCCGAUUUUUACCUCUUUUGAGGAUAAGAAGGGGAGAAGAUUGCGUUAGAUAGUGGAAGUUUUGAUAGUUUUUCCAGUUUUGGGCAGUGAUGGCUGUGGUUGGUUCAGAAAGUUGAAAUAUCUUGUGGGUUUUGGGAGUUCUUUAGAUUGAGUGUUUGUUGGAAAGAAGCGAAGUUGUGCUGAAGCUCUCUUUCUUGCGAGGUGGAGGACGGAAAACACCGUCGGAUGCUCGUUUUUGCUCUGUGCUAGCUAGCUCUUUCAAACUUGGAGCAAUUGUUUUCUCAUGGGAAAUCAUGUCGCCGAAGUUAUGGAAGGAUUGCCAUCGGCUCGAACCAUUAAGGUGCAUGCUCAAAUGUGUUCAGAACUAUUAAAAGUGGUCGCCAAAGUUUCAAAAGUUUUUCCAGAGAUAGAAGCAGCCCGUCCUCGAUGCUCGUCAGGAUUGGAGGCACUUUGCUUGUUAAACAAUGGGAUUGCCAAAGCUAAGUCUCUGCUACAGCACUGCAGUGAGUCCAGCGCACUUUAUUUGGCUCUUACUGGAGAUGCUAUACUGUCGAGAUGUAAAAAAUCAAGGAACUUAUUGGAGCAGAGUCUCAGCCAAAUUCAGAAUAUGGUUCCAGUGAUGUUGGCUGCAAAGAUUUCUGGAAUUAUUGCUGAUCUUAGGAGUGCGGUGUUUUGGUUGGAUCCAUCUGAAGAGGAGGCUGGGAGGGUGCUACGGGAAUUGCUUCAUAGAUACGGUUCCACUAUUGAUUCCACAGAAGAAGCUACACUUGCUGCUGUUCAGACUGUUUCCUCCCUGCUUCAUAUUUCGUCUCCGAAAGCUCUAUUAAUUGAGAAAAGAUCCAUCAGAAAGCUUCUUGAGAAAUUUGGUGAAAGCGAACCGAGUAAGAGGAAGAUCUUAUCAUUUUUUCUGAGUCUUCUGAACAAAUAUGGAAAGAUUAUAGUGAAAGAGCCAAACCACAAUGGUUCGUCAGAACGUGAAGAUCUCUAUCCAUUUGAAAGACCUUAUGAUUUAUCAGGUGAAGUGGAACUCCGUGCAAAUUAUAGGUCAAAUGCUCAGAUUGACAUGUUAAGUAGGCCUGUUCCACCUCUGGAAUUCAUAUGCCCUUUAUCAUCGAGGUUAAUGUACGAUCCUGUUGUCAUUGCUUCGGGUCAAACAUAUGAAAGGAUGUGGAUCCAGAAGUGGUUUGAUGAAGGUCAUGACACAUGCCCAAAAACGAACAGGAAGCUCAACCAUUUGUCGUUCACAUCAAAUACUGGCAUGAAAGACCUAAUCACGAAAUGGUGUUCCAUGCAUGGCGUGUCUAUUCCUGACCCAGAAAUUCAGCAAACACUAGUUAAGUCUUGGGAAACCUCUAUGAAUUCCAUUGCUAGCCUGAGCAGUUCCAUGAAUGAUCUAUAUCUUCCGCUGGAUCUCAGCAACACGUUACUUGGAUCUAGUCAGGGUUCAAACCUGUACAAGAAUAUUGGUGAUAAUGAGAAACCCUCACAUCAGAUAGAUAUGGAGGAAUUCAGUAGGCUUCCAUGGGAUUCUCAGUGCAUUGCUGUUGAAGAUGUCAAAAAGCUAUUGAAACACAAUGAUGAAUCUUGGUCAGUAAUUCCAUCUGAAAAGUUCAUUCCGCUAAUCCUUGGGUUUUUGAAGGAUGCUCACGACCUUCAUGAUGUAGAAGCACAGAUGACCGGAUGCCUAUUAUUGUUUGAAUUUGUGCACAAAAACAGAAACAGUAUAUCGUACAUGAAGGAAGACGCAUAUGAUCUUUUGGCAUCGUUUCUUGAUACAGAGGUAUCCGAGCAAGCUCUCGCCAUAUUGGAGGAGCUGUCCUUCGACCAACAUUGUGGUCACAGAAUUGCAGCAUCUGCUGCAUUUAUUGGCAUCUUGAACAUUAUUGACAGCCGGAUUAAGGAAUUGCUGGAGCCUGCCUUGAAAAUAUUGUGUAACUUGUCUUCAAAUGGUGAUGUUGAUUCCUUCAUCAUUCCUUCCAUGUUCAUUCCCAAACUAGUCCCACUUUUUGAGGAUGAUAAUUUGGCAAGAUACUGUAUCACCAUUUUGAAGAAUUUGUGCCACAAUGAAGACGGUAGGAUGUAUGUUGCAGAAACCGAUGGUUGUAUCGCUUCAAUAUCCAAACUGCUUGAGAAAGACAGUCAUGAUGACCAAGAGCAUGCCGUCUGUGUACUUCUUUCUUUGUGCUCUCAGCGUCUCGAGUACUGUCACUUGGUUAUGGACGAGGGCGUUAUCCCAGGCCUCGUCAGUGUCUCCAUCAACGGGAACAAGAAAGCGAAGGCUAUGGCAAUGGAACUACUGCGGAUUCUGAAAGAAGAAUUAAAUGCUAGGGGAGAGAGCUCAAGAUCAGAUGUUAGCACAGACUCCAGCAAACAACAGAAAGAUAAAAAUCCUCCUAAAGCACGAGGAUUGUUCGGGAAAUUUUUCUCAAAACCAAGUGCUUUGGCUGCAAGGAAGAAAAAAUAGAACUCAUUGCCAAGAACUAUGCUUGAACUCCUUCAGGCCAGUGUGAGAUUACACAAAAUGUCUGGUUAGAAUUUUUUUCCUCAGCUGCUAUUGUAGAUAUGUAAUUACAGAUUUCAGUGUCAUACGAUGCCGGUCACUCUAGUUAGCUGUUAGUAUCGCAUAUAGCUGUAUUUAGCAGUUACUUUCUUUCGUAGAUUAGGUUUGAUCCAUAAUGCAAACUGCGAUCAUAUUAGUUAUCGUUACGGAUAGAAAUGUACAGUUUCCAUCAUUGAAUGCUGAAAGUUCUUCCAGUUGUUUUUA